AUGGUCGUCCUCAGCAAGCUCCUCAGCAGCAUUCUCUUUGUCUCCCUGGUCUCGUCGGCCGCGAUCGAACGCCAGGCAACCAGCAUCAACCAGGCCUUUACAUCCCAUGGCAAAAAGUACUUUGGCACCUGCGCCGACCAGCACCUGCUCCAGAACUCCCAGAAUGAGGCCGUUGUGCGCAAGGACUUUGGCCAGUUGACGCCGGAGAAUAGCAUGAAGUGGGAUGCUACUGAGCCAUCUCGAGGAAACUUUAACUUUGCCGGUGCUGAUUUCUUGGUCAACUAUGCCAAACAGAAUGGCAAAAAGGUCCGCGGACACACUUUGCUCUGGCACUCCCAACUCCCGUCCUGGGUGUCGUCUAUCAACGACAAGAACACCUUGACCUCGGUGCUGAAGAACCACAUCACCACCAUCAUGACCCGGUACAAGGGCCAGAUCUACGCCUGGGACGUCGUCAACGAGAUCUUCAACGAGGACGGCUCCCUCCGCAACAGCGUUUUCUACCGGGUGCUGGGCGAGGACUUCGUGCGCAUCGCCUUCCAGACGGCUCGCUCCGUGGAUCCCUCUGCCAAGCUGUACAUCAACGAUUACAACCUCGACUCGGCUAGCUAUGCCAAAACGCAGGGGAUGGUGAAUCAUGUCAAGAAGUGGUUGGCUGCGGGCAUUCCUAUCGAUGGAAUCGCACUGACUGCCCUUGCCUCCAGCGGCGUCUCUGAGGUCGCUAUUACUGAGCUUGAUAUCGCGGGUGCUAGCUCCCAGGAUUACGUCAACGUUGUCAAUGCAUGCUUGAGUGUCUCUAAGUGUGUGGGAAUCACCGUCUGGGGUGUGUCGGACAAGGACUCGUGGCGCUCCAGCUCUUCUCCUCUGUUGUUCAAUAGCAACUACCAGCCCAAGCCGGCGUAUAAUGCCAUCAUUGCUGCUCUGUGA